AUGAGUCCGCUACAGCUGGUGACCGCUCUCCUUUUGGUAUCUCGGAUUAGGUCGGGUAUUGGCCAGUUGCCUGAGAAUGGCUGUUCUCCGCUUUUUGAGUACCAGGGCUACCAAGGGCAGUACAUCGGCCAAGUGAAAGUUAUUCACCCGUUUGUCAAAAAGCAGUCACUGAUUCUUAAGUUCUCCCAGCAGGGAUCUCACGACUUUGAGGGUUCUGCUGGCACAAUUCAUUUGGUGGAUGACAGAGACAAGGCCGAAAGUAAUCUUCGCAAAGGCUUACCAAUUCGAUACCGUGUUGAUUUCCCUAUUCCUACAAUCCCGCCCAAGAUAACUAGCCUACAAGUGAAUGGCAUUGAGCUAUGCAGUGGCGCAGAAUAUCCCGAACCUCGUGAAGGCAUAACUGGCGAGUAUACUUGGGAGCUCAGAACUUCACCUGUGCCUGUGUCACCAAAACCAAGGAUCAACUCGGAUGAUGGAGAGGUUCAGCCAAGAAACAUCAUGAGUGCUGGAGAGGAUGAUUGGACUUUAAUUAAUACUGCUUCCCAGCUGACAAUUAGGAAUCCUGAUCGUGCUGCCGAUCCUCAACCGACGAUUAGAAAUCUGGUUCCCCAGCAAACCGACCCAUCCGAAGAGUAUCCCUGCGGACGUGUGCGACAUGAGAAGACCAGUACGACGCCACUAAUAUUCCAGGGAAACAGUAUAGAACGUGGGCAACUUCCCUGGUUGGUGGCCAUCUUCGAGCGGCGGGAUAGAAACGGACCCCGCUUCAUCUGUGGUGGGUCACUGAUCUCCACUUCCUCAGUUCUCUCGGCGGCUCACUGUUUUCGAGUUCCUAAAAAGGAAUUGACUGCCGAUCGCCUGGCCGUCUCCCUGGGUCGAACAAGCCUGGCUCUUCACUCCCCCGGAGAAGAUCGCGAGGUGUCCCAGUUAAUCAUUCACGAAAACUUCAAGUUUGAGCAGUUCACUGAGGCCGAUUUGGCACUGAUCAAGUUGGAUGCACCGGUGGAUUAUUACGACUACAUAAUACCCAUUUGCCUGUGGAGCACCAGCAGUCGGUUGGAUCUGCCCCAGGGACACAACACCUAUGUAGCUGGCUGGGGACCCGAUGAGUCGGGAACCGGGCACACAGAUGUGGCCAAGGUCACCGACCUGAACAUCGUAAUCGAGUCGGGCUGCCGCCUGGAGCUGGCCCCUGAACUGGUGCAGCCGAGUAGCCUGUGUGCCAAGAGGGCGGGGGCAGGACCCUGUACCAGCGAUGGAGGUGGACCACUGAUGCUGAAGGAACAGGAUGUGUUUAUUUUGCGAGGAGUGACCUCCGCGGGACAAAUCGACGAAGAGAGACGCACCUGCGAUCUAACCAAACCCUCUGUAUUCACCGACGUUGCCAAGCACAUUAACUGGAUUCGCCAGAAUAUGUGGAACUAA